AUGAUCCAAAUAUACCAGCAUUUCCUGGCCUCAAUAUUUGCUGCAAAAGAGAUCAAUGAAAAUCCACACCUCUUACCCAAUGUUACACUGGGCUUCCAUAUCUAUAGUAGUUAUUUCAGUCCACGAGUGACUUAUCAGGCCUCAUUGGAACUCUUCUCUACACAGGGCAGAUUCACCCCCAACUACAAAUGUGAUAGGGGGAGCAAUCCAGUAGCAGUCAUUGGUGGGCCUACUUCUGAAGUCUGUCUCCACAUGGCAGAUAUUCUAUGCAUCUACAAGAUUCCACAGCUCAACUACUUUGUGAGAAGCACCUCAUUUAACAACAGUGCUGGGGAAAAAGUUUCUUUCAAUGAAUAUGGAGAGAUAGAAGCUGUAUUUGAUAUCAUCAAUUGGGUCACAUUCCCAAACCAGUCUUUUCAUAGAGUCAAAGUUGGGAAAGUUGAGCCCAUGGCUCCCCAAGAAGAAGCGUUCAGUAUUCGUGAAAAAGACAUUGUGUGGCCUAGCAGGUUUAACCAGGCACAGCCCCUUUCUCUUUGUAAUGACCAUUGCCAUUUGGGAUAUCAUAAGGCAAAGAAGGAAGGAGAGCCAUUUUGCUGCUAUGAUUGCCUCCCAUGUCCGGAAGGAAAGAUUUCCAACCAGGCGGACAUGGAUGAAUGCUUUCAGUGCCCACAAGAUCAUUACCCAAACGUGGAAAAGGAUUCAUGCAUUCCAAAAGAUAUAAGUUUCUUGUCUUAUGGAGAACCACUGGGGAUCAGUUUGGCCUGUUUUGCUCUCUCUUUUGCUUUCAUCACAGGGUUGGUGCUUUGGAUUUUCAUUAAGCACCGUGAAACUCCCAUAGUCAAAGCCAACAACCGCAACCUCUCCUACACUCUCCUCACCUCCCUCUUGCUUUCUUUCCUCUGUACUCUUCUAUUCAUUGGUCGACCUGAGAAAGUGGCAUGUCUCCUUCGACAAACAGCUUUUGGCACCAUCUUUUCAGUGGCUGUUUCUUGUGUGUUGUCUAAGACAAUCAUUGUGGUCCUUGCUUUCAUGGUCACCAAACCAGGGUCCAGCAUGAGGAAAUGGGUGGGGAAACAGCAGGCCAUUUCCAUUGUCCUCUCCUGCUCCUUGAUUCAAGCUGCUCUUUGUACCGUGUGGCUGGCAACUUCUCCCCCAUUCCCAGAUUUAGACAUGCACUCAAUGAAUAAAGAAAUUGUUCUGCAAUGUAAUGAAGGGUCAGUCACCAUGUUCUACUGUGUCUUGGGGUUUAUGGGCUUGCUGGCCAUUGUCAGCUUCUGUGUAGCCUUCCUAGCCAGGAAGUUACCUGACAGUUUUAAUGAAGCCAAGUUUAUCACCUUCAGCAUGUUGGUUUUUUGCAGUGUGUGGCUUUCAUUUGUUCCAACCUAUCUGAGCACCAAAGGAAAAUUCAUGGUGGCUGUGGAGAUCUUCUCCAUCUUGGCCUCCAGUGCUGGGUUACUGGGUUGCAUCUUUUCCCCAAAAUGUUAUAUUAUAGUCCUGAGGCCAGAACUGAACAAUAGGGAGCAGCUAAAAAGAACAAAUUAA